AAACAAUCCGCCAUUUUGUCUCUAUGACAAUUUAGGAAUAUAAGACUUUAUUAUUGAAAUAGCCAUAUUUAUCAAAUAAAUCCUAAUACAAAAGUGAUUUUUGUGAAGCUGUGUAGUGUUUUAAAAGUCUGUGAUAUUUGUGUCUACAUUUAUUUUUGUUUACGUUCAUCUUGACGUUUUUAUCUGACCGAAUUUGACGUCGUUUAGAGAACUCUAGAUAUUUCAAAAUGGGCACAAGAGAGGACGAGUACGACUAUUUGUUCAAAGUUGUGCUAAUAGGUGAUUCAGGUGUUGGAAAAAGCAGUCUUCUUUCACGUUUCACUAGAAAUGAAUUUAACUUAGAGUCAAAAUCCACAAUAGGUGUGGAAUUUGCCACAAGAAGUAUAGAGGUGGACGGUAAAACUAUAAAAGCGCAAAUAUGGGAUACGGCGGGCCAGGAGCGGUACCGUGCCAUCACGUCUGCGUACUACCGCGGGGCGGUGGGCGCCCUACUCGUGUACGAUAUAGCGAAACAUCUCUCCUACGAGAAUGUCGAGCGGUGGUUGCGUGAGCUGCGCGACCACGCGGACCAGAAUAUUCUGAUCAUGCUCGUCGGCAAUAAGAGUGAUCUUAGGCAUCUCAGAUCUAUCCCUACGGAAGAGGCGAAGGCAUUCGCGGAAAAAAACGGCCUUAGUUUUAUCGAAACGUCUGCACUCGACUCCACCAAUGUGGAGCCUGCAUUCCAGAAUAUUCUCACUGAGAUCUACAGGAUCGUGUCCCAGAAGCAGAUGCGGGAUCAGCCCGAGGGCGACGUGAUCAGACCCGACGCGGAGCCGGCAGACGCGCGACCCUCGCAGGCCGACAGCGUGCGCAAGCAGUGCUGCCAGUAGCCGAAAAGUCCAGUUAUUGUCGGAGCCGAUACUAACAAGAGAAGCAUAUUGCUGGAUAACCAUCCACAAUCAUCACGAAUCAUUCCCAAGCAAUGUUCUUUAUCAUCACUGUUAUUUGCCAGUACAAAAAAUACGUCGUCCAGAACUUCAACAGCACUCAAUACUACCCAUUGCCCACUACAGUCAUUAGGAGCGGGGUAUUUUAGACUGGCAACACUAACUCAAGCGGUAUAAGAGUGGCUCAUGUAGAUAGCUUUGUAUAAUUAUUGAUAUUUAGUGUCCGAACGAAUGAAGUUUAAAAGUCUAUAAUUAUCGUAACGUGAAAAUAAAAUGUAACACUAAUUAGUACGAGUCGAAAGUUCAGUUAUAUUAGCAAGCACCCAAACGAAUUGUUCAUUGGCGCUCCUAGUUAUACACAGUAUGUGUAAUUUAUUACUGAUGUGUUUUUUUUUAUUUCUAUUUAGGGGAAAAUACAUUUUAUUUCGACUUAGUAGAUAAUUCAUAUUGUAUCUAUUUAUUUAUAGAAUUUAAAAUGUUUCUAGUUAACUGUUCAUUAUAGUUUUUUUAUUAUGAUUUAUUUAAACGAAUAUCCUCGCGUCUGAAGUCAUUUUUCUGAACUGAGCAAUAAAUAGGACUGGCAUUAUUGAAUUUAAAAAAAAAGUUUAUAUCACACAAAUCAUCAAGCUUCAUAAAAAUUGUUUUGUAUAACACUAGCGGGUAGUUCGUGAUAAGUAACGAGAUAGCUUUUUUAAAUAAAGUUCUUUUAUUUACUGAUAUUAUGUGCCUUCUGUGGAACAUGCGAGUCAUGUACAUUAUAUUAAAGCUUUUGUUUGUUAGUUUAUGCCUCCUGUUAAAUUAUGGAUCCGUGUGAAUGAUCAUCGAACAGUGUACUCAGCGGUGUUGCAAUAUGUUUAAAAUAAUAAUUUGGUAUAGUGCCGUUUUUUAUAAUAACUACUCGUUGUUUCGAUGGUCAAGUACUGCCAGUUUUGCAGCCGAUAUUGUCAUACUACGUUAUUAAAAACCAAGACUUCGCCGCUUGUUGUUUACGGUAAUAAAAGGCGGUUGUUCGUUGUAUCUAAGUAAUAUAUUAUUGUAUUAUGGUCAUACGCAUGGUUAUUUUUUUAGUGCCUAUCUGUAAUUACUUUAUUAAAGACAAAGAUAAUAAAAUAUAAUGU